AUGGAAAAAUUUGAAGAAGAAAAGAAGGAAGAGCAAACAGAUACCACUUCAGCAGCAACAAAGACUUCUCAGGACGAAGAACAGUUUAUGAUUAAUUAUUUCAUGAAAUCAGAUCAUGAAAUCUAUAUCAAAGGCUCGCUAGCUGAACAGCAGUAUUGGUUUAGCCCAGAGAAAUAUCUCAGUGCUGAUACUCGCAAAGACUCCUUGAUAAUCUUGAAGAAAAUUAUAGCAGAGUGGGUGACACAAUGUCUUCCAAAUCACAAGAAUCUGACACAUAAGCUACUUAUUUUUGGAUCUGAGUCAAUCAAUGGCUAUCUCCAAGAUUCGGACAUAGAUAUUUUGUGUUGUACAUUACCAGAGAUUCAUCUGAAAUCUCACUUCUUAAUAGGGCUUACUAAAGUAUUGAAAUAGCCACCCAACUGUAAGCUUUAUCGAGACUCUUGAGGAUAUCAGAAUCCCAAUCAUAAAGGCAAUAGUCCAUGGGACAAAAUUUGACAUUUCUCACUGAAACUUGGAAGACAUCAAUUCCCUCUCUAACAUCAAAGAGCUAGCUAAAGUCAAGCUGGGAGGGAUCAUUGCCAACAAUCAGAUCUUGGAGGAAGUUCCGAAUCCAAGACUUUUCAGCAAAGUUCUCAGACUAAUUAAGUAUUGGGCAAAAAGGAAAGGAAUCUACUCCUUUGUCUUAGGGUAUUUCAAUGGGACUGUUCUCAGUCAGAUUUUGUUUAAGCUCUGUUGCAAGUAUCCAGACCUUGAACCUCUUGACAUUGUUCAGGAAUUCUUUGAAAUCAAGAUCUCAGAAGACCCGAGAAUACAAAAAUAUACAAAAAUUUGUCCAAUUACGCAGAAAAUUAUCUCUAAAUAUUUCACUCAAGGAAGAGAUCUUAUGAGAAAACUUCAAAAGAAACUUAAAUCUGAUGCUCUGUUCGAGUUUGAGAGAGAAGCAAUGAUAAGAGCUACGUUGACCACUCUAAUCAGACCCUUGCCUACAGUGAUGCCUUACGAGAACUUUGUCCAGAUCAAUAUUUAUACUCAAGACCUUCAGAGCGAAGGGUCAGCCUCAGGCAAAGCUCUCACUCAAGAGCAUUUAAGAGUGGUAGGCUUUGUCAAGUCAAGAAUUACUCUCUUGCUUAUGCUAUUCAAAAGAAUGAAUCAUUCAUUAAAGAAGAAAGGCUAUCAAUACUAUAUUCAUCCUGAUGAUAGGGUUCACCUCAAUUUACAAGAGAAGAAGUAUACAAGAGGGAAAGUGAUAGCAAAAACUCAGAGAGAUUCUGAGCUGAAAUCUACACUUCUUUUUGGUGUUUAUUCCGAUCCCGAAUGCCGUGACGCAGAUAAAUAUUUAGCUGCACCUACAAGAAAACUUAUGAAAUGUUCUAUUGGUAACAUCUUGCAAGAUUUCAAGAAGCAAUUAAAAUAGAAUUCUUAAAAGAGAUUUUAAGGUUGAUAAAUCUUCAUUUGCAAACAUGUCUAUGUCUCAAGCCCUUGCACAUCAAUUUAAAUUCAGCUUGAUUACUCACAGCAAAGUGUCAGCUCUACUGAAUAUUAAGCCUCAGCCCUUAUUCCCAAGAUCCAGCUUUCAGUUAGAGAAAGAAUAAAUAAAUUCAAAUUAUUCAACAAGCA